AUGUUACGAGGUAAGUAUUCUUCAAUAUAUGAACAGAUCUUCGAUUACUGUGCACUGCUAACUUUCUCAAGUGAAUUAUUAGAAUCACAAGUUCUGCAGUCGGGGAAGAAGAUUACUUUAUAUUGUGGAGCAGAUCCUACAGCUCAAUCGUUACACUUAGGUAAUUUGAUUCCAUUACUGGUACUUCUUCAUUUCUAUAUUAGGGGUCACAAUGUCAUUAGUCUUGUAGGAGGUGCCACUGGUGUGGUAGGAGAUCCCUCUGGAAGGAAUACCGAACGACAGCAAAUGGUAGACCAAACCCGUGAAAACAAUAUUUUACGGAUUCAACACCAAAUGAAGCAAUUCAUUGACCAAGGUUGGAAGUAUGCUGUAUCUAAAGGAUACACUUCACCAGGAACAGCAGUUCGGGCAAAUAAUGCUGACUGGUGGAAAGAUAUGUCGAUGCUCCAUUUCUUGGGUACAUAUGGCAGACAUAUUCGAGUCAGCCAUAUGCUGGCCAGAGAGAGCGUAAAAAAUAGACUAUCUAGUGAACAAGGAAUUGGAUUCAAUGAGUUUACUUAUCAAAUCCUUCAAGCCUAUGACUUUUGGCACCUCUACAAAACACAAAACUGCUCGGUCCAGGUUGGAGGUAAUGAUCAGUGGGGAAAUAUUACGGCAGGAAUAGAUUUAAUAUCGAGAUUAAGAUCUUUUUUGAAAGAAAAGAAUGAAUCAAACGAAGCAUUAUCAGAGAAACCAGCCGAAUCCGACGCAUUUGGUUUAACAGUUCCUCUACUUACCACCCCCUCAGGUGAAAAGUUUGGCAAGUCUGCUGGAAAUGCUGUGUGGAUAGAUCGCGACCUAACAAAACCUUACGACUUGUUUCAAUAUUUUGUACAAACCCCAGACUCUGUCGUAGAGCAGUACUUGAAACUUUUCACUUUGAUCCCUCUUGAAGAGAUCCCAGAUAUAAUCCAGGAACAUGAUAAAGACCCUGAAUUGAGAUUAGCACAGCGACGUUUGGCAUCUGAGGUUGCUGAUUUGGUGCAUGGUAUCGGUUCUGGCAAACGAGCUGAACUUAUAUCCUCUAUAUUGUUCCCUACUCCAUCGCAGAAAAAUCCACAAUACUCAAGCUCGGAGAUCUUGGAGGCAUUUGAAAACGAGAAAUUACUUCACCAUUGUAGUCGAGUUCAGGUAGUAGGCAAUCAAUGGAGGUCUGUUCUUGCGACGAUUACUGGUAAGUCGAAAUCAGAAUGUUCACGUAUGAUUAAGGCAGGUGGUGUAUACUAUGGUUUUGCUAGAACAAUGGUCGUAGAAGGAAUUUUAGGAGAAGAGCAUUUAGAGGACAAUCAGCUCCUCUUAGUAAGGUUGGGUAAAAGUAAAUAUCACGUUAUAAAAGUCGAAUAG